UGUAAAACCAUUGUCUGUUCAACUGAUUUAAGAACAGUGAUUCACAGACUUUGCUGCUGUCAUGUCUAGUUCAGGUUUCCGAGCUGCACAAAUCGAAAGGUCAAGCUGUACUGUUCCGAAUGUGAGUGAAAUCGCCAUUCAAGCUGACUGUGAUAGUGAUGAGAUAGAAGUACAGAAAGACGGACAUGAUGUACUGGAUUUCACUAGUCCAUUUCUAUUCAGUGAUGCUGUUCUCGUUGUUCAAGGCCGUAAUCUUCAUUGUCAUCGUGCCAUUCUAUCCAUCUAUUCACCAGUAUUCAAAGCAAUGUUUCAAAAUCGAUGCAUUGAAAAUCAAAAGAACGAAGUUGUUAUUCCAGUAGAUGAAUUCGACGACAUUAAAGAAAUGCUACGUCACAUGUAUACUCCUGGGGGAUGCGAUAUGACAGCUGAGACAGCUGAAAAGCUACUUCCAAUUCUUCAUCGUUACCAAAUUGAUUCCAUGGUGAAUUUAGCUGAAAGAACACUGACAUUUCGAUUAAAUGAUUUAACUGCUCCAUUAUUUCUGCGUAUCGCUGACUUAUAUGGUCUAAGUCGACUAAGACAAGCAGCUUUGGAUACAUGUGCUCGCCUAGAUUAUGGACGUAUGCUUAAAGCAUUCGAGGAGAUAAAUAUUUCACCGGAAUUGAAAAAUGACAUACUAGAACGAAGAAUAGUGGUGUUGGAGAAAUGUCUUGUAGAUAUUCAACAGAGUUUUACGCAUUCAUGUUCACGUAUGGAGAGUCGAGCUGAACGUGUCCCUUCCAACCAUUGUUCUUUACACUCUCGACCGUUUUCAACAAUAACAUAUAAUCCUUCAAGAAAUAAUGCAGGUGAAGCAUCAGCCAAUGCUGGAAAUCACCAAAACUCACACAACCUUAUUGACAACGAUGGUAUACGUUAUGAUGUAUCCGCGAGUAUAAUGCCAUUUACAGUCGCUAGGAAUCUGGAAAUACGUACUAAUGUAGACAAUGUGCAAAAUUCAGCUGCACACAGGGAAGCGCAACAAACAGAUCAAAAUGUAACUUCUUCAUUGCCAACGGCUGCAUCUACAGUGACCACAGCAACAACAACAACACCAACAACAACUGCACCGACUCCCACUCCUCCACUGGCUACAGCCGUCUGUGAACAAUGUGUUGAACAGUUCAAAAUGCACAUACAAGAAUUAUGCAAAAGAGGACUGCAUAAAAUACCAAUUAUAACUUGCAGAGAUCCUUGAAUCAUCAUUCAAAAAUAUUAUUUUUACAGUUUUUAUUUCUGUGAUUGUUUUUCACACUGAAGACUGUAGAGUUGAACAACCUAAUACAUUUUGUUAUACACCAAGAACUGUGAAACACAUUUAGUAAACACUAAUCAUGACAUUAUACACCCAACUAUUUAUUUCCCCAAAACAAAUGUAGGAAAAUGCAUAUUCAAAUUUUUAUGACCAUUUACAUUUCAUUUCCCUUUCAUUUUAGAUAAUAUAAUUUUUAAA